AUGUCACCUCUACAAAAUGAAACGGUUCUUGUCAUUGGAGGUUCUUCAGGGAUCGGCUUUGGUGUUGCAGAGAAGGCUCUUAUAGAAGGAGCACGCGUCCACAUCGCGUCCUCCAGUGCUUCUCGUGUACAGGAAAGCGUCGCAUCUUUGCAGCAAAAAUACCCGGGGGGUCAGGUCACCGGACACGUUAUUGAUCUCUCUUCAUCUGAAGUGGAACGACAUCUUGAGAACCUUCUCAGCGGUAUCGGUUCUACUCUUGAUCAUAUUGUAUACACCGCCGGUGACCCUCUUCCUACCUUAUCUAUCGAUCAGAUCGACCUGGAGGCGAUUCACCGUGCAGGGCAUAUUCGAUUUUUUGUCCCUCUCCUCCUCGGAAAGUUGGCUCCACGCUUCUUGAAGGCUGGGUAUCAAUCAUCGUUGACCCUCACUACCGGCGCUGGAUCUCAGAAACCCUUCCCGAACUGGUCAUUGAUAUCAGGUUAUUUGACCGGCCUCCACGGUCUCACCCGAAACCUUGCACUUGAUCUUAAGCCCCUCCGAGUGAAUCUUGUGAGUCUCGGGAUUGUGAAAACUCCAAUGUGGGGCUCCAACGGUGUUCCAGAGAACAUCCAAUCUAGCAUGCCGCUAGGGAAAGUGGGCACUCCUUUAGAAGUCGCUGAGGCCUAUGUCUAUUUGAUGAAGGAUACCAAUGCGACCGGCAGUGUCGUCAGCACAAAUUCUGGAUCAUUGCUGCUCUAA